UGCUUCAAAUCUUAUACUUUCUCGCCCUUUCCCCCAUGUCUCAUUCUUUGUGAUCCUGCUCCCCCCGCCUCCUCUCUCGCGUGCGCGCUCGCCCGACCGCCUGUAGUCUCUCUUUCAUCCUAUUAUUUUCUCUCUCUACAUGAUACCAUCUUCUCUCUCUUGAAGCUUACAAGUUCGCACUUCCCGCGCUUAUAAAUCUUUGUCACUCUCUCUGAUCUGUGUAGUAAUUGGUUUAUUCCUGUUUCUUUUUCCUUUGAGUUAAGUUGGAAGGAGGGUUGCUAUGGCAAUGCAUAAUGAUGAUUCAUCCAGCUCUGAUACGAAGCAUAGUGAUGGUAGCAAUGAUUUACCAGGUUUCAGUGCAGAGAAUCUGCAGAGUAACAUGAAGGUUAUUUAUUACAGCCGUACAUUUUUGUCAAUCAUUGGUGGUGUGAUAGCUGGAAUACUAGGGCUUACGGGCCUUAAAGGAUUUGUGUUAUAUUUCUUGAUCAUGGCAUUGGCUUCAUUGGGACUUGCUGCCAAGGCAAGGUUCUCAAUUCACGAGUACUUUGAUUCAUGGAACCGAGUUGUGCUUGAUGCUGUCUUGGGUGGGCUCAUGUCAUUCGUGCUGUUCUGGACAUUUGCCUACGACAUCGUUCACAUAUUCUAAAAGGAAAAGCUCACCUGAAGCCUUUCAGCAAGGUCAAGAUUCAAGUGGUGCUAAGUCCUCUUAGAGGCUAACUGUUGCAAUAUGAUGGCACUCGCUUGUUUCUAUCUCAUUCUCAUUUUGAAAGAACAUAGUCUCUGCUCAUUAUCUCAUUGUACUUCAUUUUACAUGCCCAUUGCGGAAUUGUGUCACAGCUUUUUGUUUUUUCUAAUCACCAUAUCGUUAUGAUUUGUCCUGAACUUUUUUUUCUUGUCCUUCUGGCUUCCGAAGUUCUCUUUCCUGGAGAGAUCAUGGAAGCUCUAGUGAUUUACCUAUUCUGCAAUUUGAUACUCUUUCUUUCAAGAUAUACCAUGGGAGCUUCACAUGAAGUUUCUUUCA